AUGGUCUCAGAACACUUCCCAGACCCACAGCUCCCUUCGGAGGAGUCCACAUCUUCCUUCUGGCUAAAGCAACCGGAUGAGUUCUUGCUGGGUCACCGAACCACGGUCGAACUCCCCACCGAAGCUGAUAUCAUUAUCAUUGGAAGUGGUAUUGCUGGUGCUCAAACAGCGAGAUAUCUAUCUGAGCAAGAUGGUGGAGCAUGGGUAAAGGGACGGAAGAUUGUCAUGCUGGAAGCUAGGGAAGCCUGCUGGGGCGCCACCGGACGAAAUGGUGGCCACUGCAAACCUUCGCUUUAUGCUUACCCUCGUCUCCAGCAUCUCUUUGACGAUCUUGGCAUCUCUGAAACCCUCACAGCCAUCAACUUUGAACUACGCAACCUCUCUCUCCUAACUAGCUACAUCCAAGAAAACGGUGUGGACUGCGAUUUCCACCGUCUUCCAUCUUGCGAUGCAUACUUUGACCAAGAGUCUUUCUCCCUUGCGGUCCACUCAAUCCAAACCCUCCGCCAGCACGCCCCGGAGCUAGCAGACAAACUCACAAUUGUCACGGACAAACCAACCCUCGCUUCUCUUCGUAUUCCGUCAGCCGUCGGCGCCAUCACCAUUAAAGAUGCAGCUAAACUUUGGCCUUAUAAGCUAGUAGCCCAUAUCCUUAAAGACCUUAUCAAAUCUCAGUACUUGAACCUUCAAACGUCCACUCCAGUCCUUGCAAUUUCCACAUUAAACGAUGGAGCUCCGGUUCCACUACAUCGCGUGCACACUCCACGCGGGGCACUCACCGCUCCAGUUGUCAUCCACGCUACCAACGCAUUUGCAUCACACCUAGUCCCCGCCAUGCGUGAUGCCAUCUACCCAGUCCGAGCGCAAAUGUCGGCUCUCACUCCACCAAAAUCACUGAUCUCCAAUCCAUUAAAACAUACUUACGGCCUUGUCGACGGUGAACGUAGCAAAGCCGAAUACCUCGUUCAAGAGGAUGUUCACGCUAACGGCACUGGUGGCGCAUUUCUACUCGGUGGCGGCAGGAAAUACGCUAAGAACCAAGGAGUUGGUAUUACUGAUGACAACCACAUUGACACUGAUGUCGGUGACUACCUAAGAAGCAGUGUCGGAAAAUAUUUCGACGAUGAAUGCGGUUACCCAGUUGCCGACAAGGAUACAAUGUGCGACGCACAAUACAUGUGGAGUGGAAUCAUGGGAUUCUCAGCUGAUGAAAGACCGUGGGUUGGAAAGGUUCCUGGAACCGAGGGACAGUAUAUUCUCGCUGGGUUCGAGGGACACGGUAUGGCUUACACCACCGGUAGCGCCAAGGCGCUUGCAGAGAUCCUACGACAUAGGUAUCCUGUUCUACCGGACGAGGUUUACUCUAAGUACUGGAACAGGAAUAUCUGCAUGGCUUUGUAUGACUAUGAAGCCCAAGAUACUGCUGAAAUGGAGAAUGUUUUGGUCAGAGGACGUGAAGUUUCAAUUAGGGCCGGUGAUGUCGUGGAGAUCAUCGAGAAGGGACACAAUGGAUGGUGGUUCGGCUGUAUCAUUAAGUCCUCUGACCAAAGCAAUGUUAACACUUUCGGUUGGUUCCCAAGCAACUUUGUCGAAGAAUUACCAUACGGUCAUGCACGUGGUGGAUUUGAGCCAUCCAUGUAUGCAUCUCUACAAGAGUACCCUAAGGAUAUCUUCCAAUGGUUCCCUAGGUCCUUCACAGUCACCGAGGAGAGGCUGAAGAACGCCCGAGGGAUCUUGGAAUCAGGAGAUUUGGAGACUGUAAGAAGACGAGCCAGAGGGCCAGCGAUUUAUAGUGGAAAUGAGGAGAAAGAGGAAAAGCUAUACAAGGAGAUGUUGUAUGAGAGGUAUAAACUCCAAUUUGCGGUUAAACUCGCAGAAUGCGGGAAGGAUGAAGACAACAUCUUCCCAACACUAGAAUCAUCUGCCCUUACAAAUAUCGAACAAAAAUACCUUGACGCACCGGCACACAUCAUCCGCAAAGCUAAACUAGCAAAGCCUUUAAAGCAACUAUCAAAACUGUCUGGCACAGAGACACACAAAAUCGACCAAGCGAGGGUAUUGUCUAUACUCAGCAAGCUGAGCCAUUCCAAAGACGAAGAAGCAGGUUCCACUAAAGAAAAGGAACGAAAGGAACGAAACUCGGCCCACAAAGCAGAACUGAGGGCCAUUAUCAGAGAAAAGAUAAAAGAAAUGAAAAAAGGGUCACAAGAUUCACAAGAAAAAAUAAUGACCGCAUGCAAUAAAUGCCAACGCGGUGAAGUCAUUGCUAGAGACUUUGCAACGGAAACCUCCUCACCGUUGGUGAAAGACCUGAGAGCUUCGCAAACGCUUGAAAGACACCCAUUGUUGAGAGGACUAAAGACCGAAGAUAACAAGGAAGGGGAGGAAUGGGUUAUGAUUGUUAAUGAAAAGAGAUAG